UAUUUUCAUUGCCCUAGGUUUUUCUUAUUUUAGCCUAUCAAGACAAAGAUCCAUCAUCUAUACCAUUUACAAAAGAUUUGCUGAGGAAGUAUCUUCUCCAUUUAGUACGCAAUGAUCGUUUAUCCGAUGUUGCCGAAGAUGUUUUGCUGCAUGCCGUGUACACUGAAUAUGUUUAUGAGCAUGGGACAACUUCAAAUCACAAAAAGAAAAGAAAAGAACAGCAAAAAAUGAGCAAUGGCACACUUCUUUAUCAUGAUAAUCAGUCUUCAGUAUUACCAGAUAUUAGAACUCUAGGAAAGAUUAUCAGUGAUAUUGACCUUAAAGCACCAUCUGUAAAGUUAGUGAACUUACUGGCACUUCAUCCUAACACAUCAGUCUACAUGUAUGAGUUCGAUUAUGCUAGCUCUGAUGACGUCAUCGUCUCUAAGUAUGUAGGUGCGAAAAAUGAGUGGGUAGGUUCUUACCAUGAAAGUGAACUUUAUUACAUUUUUGGCUUUCCACACAUGAAUCUGAGUAAUGCUUUAAGACUACCACAAGACAGAGAAGUAUCCGAUAUAAUGAUCCAACUGUGGACAGACUUCGCAAAAACAAGUAAUCCAACUCCAAAGAAGACAGAUCUCAAUAAUGUGGUUAAAAAUUUCACUUGGACACCGUAUACAGAAGACGAAGAUUGUUUUGCUACUUUGGGCCUACAACCAUUCAUUGCCCGUUCAUAUGAGACAGAAAGAAUGUCAUUUUGGAAUCAUUUUAUUCCACUGUUCACCGAAUAUCCGAUUCACAUAACUUCCAAUCGUAGUGAAAGCAGCAGCACAGCUGAAAAUUGCACAGCAGAUAUAUUCGUGCUGUUCGCAUACAUUGGUUGGAUACUUUUCUUCAUUUGCUUUCUUUGCCUAUCUGCGAUGAUGUAUUUAUACUUCUGUGGAAGGAUCAAAAUGAACGCCAUGCAGAAUUUGGCCAUCCCUGUUUGACACUUGAGAAAGUGUCGCGACGAUCAGAAAAUGUGCACAUCACUAUUAUGAUGGAGAUAAAUUGAAGUGAAAUGAAGAGGUUUCGGGAAAUUUUAUAUUGAAAUGAGAAGACAUAAGUGAAAAUGUUAAUGUCCUUGUUCGAACUUGCUUAUAAUCUAAAAUCAUGCAACUGUAAAAAAAAAAUCGAAUUAUGGAAACAUAUCGAAUUAUCGCCUAAAUAGUAUAAAGCGUUUUUAAUCUAUUUAAGAACAAUAUUAUAUACAUAAUACUCUAAAGCUUUAUGUAGUCGAGUUUUUUUUCUAGUGUGCAAACUGAGCUUCUAUUUUUCCUUUAACAGUCAGUGCACAAAGUUUUAAAGGAAAAAAAAGAAUAUCAAUUAAAUGCAUACAUUGACAAUGCAGGAUUCAAACAAAGCAAAACGAAUGCAGCUGCAGUACUAACAGACUGGUAUUAAUACAUAUUCGUUACAUAUUCGUAUGGAAACUCUUUAAACCAUAUCAACAUUUUGUAUUCUAUAUCCUGAACACAUUGGCUUUAAAUAUACUCUGUAUAUGUAUAAGGAUAUGAAAUAACACUUCAUAAAUAAAUGUAAUAAUACUUCGUAAGAUAUCAGAAAUAAUACUUUGUAAAUAUCAUAUAAGCUCUUUAAAUAGUAACAGUAUUUGGUAAUCUUAAAUCUAAACAUGCUGGUAUUAAUAAUACUUAUACAUACUUUUAAAAUCAUAUAAACAUUUUGUUAUCAAAAUCCUGAACACGCUGGUAUUAGUAAUACUUUAAGCAUAUGAAGGGUAAUACUUCGUACAGACAUGAAGAUAUGAAAUUAUACUUUGAUACGUAUAUGAUGGAAAGUCUUUAAAUAAUGCUAUUAUUUUGUAAACUAAUUGUAACUAAUUUUUAAAAAAUUUAUGUCAUCAAUACAUAGGGAUUUUCAAACUACGGCUCAUGAAUUUCAGCAACAGAUCUGACAUGCAAGUUAUUGACUUGCGAUCACGAGAACAACUUUCGCUACAAGCAUACCCGUAAAUAGCAUAACUUAUUAGUUAUAACAUGCACUGAUUAAUAAGUCACACGGAUAUUUCACUCCCACAAAAUUAUACUAGAAGUAAAAAAAGUCAGUUUCUUUUUUUCUCAUUUGCUGGUAAGCCUCCAUUCGAUAGUUUUUCUCGUGACGAUAAAUCAAUAUCUGGUCCACUUCUCUUUAUUUUUAUUGUAUUUUUAUAUCCAAUAAAGAUAGUAAUUCUUACAAAUAUUAGUCUGAAAUAAUCCAAUACUUAGUGAAGUGGAAUAUAGUAAUUUUAAUUGUUUGAAAUUUGUCUCAUAAACUCUCUUACUACAAUAUAUUGGUACGGUAAGCUAAUUAGCAAUCAAUUAAGUAAAAUUACACAAAAUGUUUUGCCAGGAGAGAGAAAAGAGUAUUUAAAUGCCCUAGAAAAUGCUUUGUGGAAAGAGUACGGGAGAAAUGUACUUUUGAUCGCCGGCUGGGAUCGAACCAGGAACUUCUGGGUACGUAGCUGAAUCGGAACCACCACGAAAAAGGGCUGUACACCUUUCUAUAGCAGCAACCACACACUCCCCAUCCAGUGAACGAGAAAUUAUGACUCGUAUUCAUUCAUGUAAAAGGUUCACGUGAUUGAGAGGUCACUUCGUCGUCAUUCAAGAGUAGUUUUGUCCUUGACGUUGUUUAAGAUCCAGGUUUGCUUACCAAAGUGGAAGGAAGUCAAGUGAUGUUUUGCUGCUAUCUGUCAAGUAGUUAGAUAGUCGAUUGUUCGUUGUCGCUAAUGUUGAGAAGUGCCGGGGGUGACAGUUGCUUGUCACCGGUUGGGAAUCGAACCAGGAACUUCUGGGUGCGAAGCUGGGUCGGAACCAUCAUGAAAGAGGGUGUACACCUUUCCAGAUUUCUAUAGCAGCAGCAGCACACACCCCUUCCAGUGAACGAGAAAUUAUGACUCG